CAUGAACAAUAUUCAAAAUACAAAAUAGAUCUUAUUCUUCUCAUUCUAUUCCGACAUCGACAUUUACUCCAUCCUCUUACCCCUCCUACUCUUACGCACCCUUUCCCCCUCCCUCCCUCUUCCGCCUAUAUCCGCAAGUCAUACUCACAUACUCUCAUGAAAGCAUAUCGCUCUGGUCGUGGAGGCUCAACGCUACGAGGGAAAGCAAAUAACACAAAGGUGUCGGCCCCAGCGCCUGUUAAUCUUCCUAGUCGACGCCACGAAAAAGGAGGACUUGAUUCGUUGGUGGCGUCAGGCCCAAGCUGGGGAUCACCAUCCACCUCUUCAACCGCUGUACUGACCGCUUCAUCCUCAGCCGCAUCAUCUCCUGCUGCCACUACUACAGAAGGAGCCAAUCCAUUGUCAGGAGCAGAUACAGGAGACACCUCUGUGGGAUCACAAGGAGCAAGCAAUACCAGCACUAAUACUAAUGUCAACACCAGUACCAAUAUCAGUUCCAAUACCAGCUCCAAUACCAAUAGCAAUCCUAAUGGCAAUAGCAAUGUCAAUAUCCCUAGUAAUGGUGACUCGCCUCUCAUGGAAUCCUCUGUAGGUUCGCCUCUUCAAAAGCCUGCGCCUCGAGCAUGGAGAACAGUGGCACAUACCCCAGAACUGCAUCAUGAUGAAUUUCCUACUGCCGCAGAGGCUGCCAAAAUAACACAGCAGCAUGAUCAGCAGAGCCAUGGACAUACAAACAACCAAAAUCAAAAUGGUAGAGCCAAUAACACUAUCUCAGAAAAGAACACGACUACACCAAACAAUACGGUAGCAAGUACGGCGCCGAAUACGGCAGCGAGUAUGGUAGCAAGCGAGCCCAUGUCGAAAACCGUCUCUACUUUGUCAUUAGGGGCCGAUAACUGGGAUGAGGCUGAUGAGGACGAAGGUGAAGAUUUCCUUAAUGCAGAAGCGAUUGAAUUUGGAGAUGGUUCUGUCAUCCUCGCAGCAGCAGUGGCACAGACAGCAGAGAGUCAAAAGGACAAAGAACCAUCACUACCGCCGCCGAUACCUGAUAGCCAACGAGAAGAGCGCGUUGUUGAUCGAGGAGAUGUAGAGUUCACCAGAGCAUGGCCCAAUCGAGGUCAGUCUAGUUCAGGACCAUCACUUUAUCAGCCUCAUCAAGAGACACCAUCUAGAUAUGGCCCACAGGACCGCGCGCAUUCAUCACUUUGGCAAGGAGCGCCAACUGAUCGCCGUCCCUCCACAGAUCGAAACCUGGGUCAUUACUCUCACCAGCGACGUGAAUCGUUAGGAUCACGAGACCCAUAUCAGAAUGGGCCUCGUCGAGACUCAACUGGACACAAAGAUUCCUAUUCUGGGCCUCGCCGGGACCCUAGCUACCGUGAACCAUACUCUCAUGAGCGUAGAGACUCUUAUAACCGCUCUGGAAGCUAUCAACGCGAUCGGUCACCCUAUCGUCAGCGAGAUGGUGACUAUCAUCAAGACAGGAGACACAGCCAUGAUCGGCCACCAUACUCUUCAGAUCGAAUUCCUGACCGUCAGCGCGAUUUUCAAUUAUUGACACGUCCGAAAGAAUCUACGAAUGACGGGUUGGGGCUUCAUGAUAUAAAUUCUCAUGGUCAUCCUAGUUCUCACCCUCAUUCAUAUCAUCCACAUUCAUUGUCCGGUGCACGUGGUCCACAUGAACGAAAUUAUACAAAAGAUCACGAGCAUCGGGAGCAUGGAGGUAAUCACAUUGAGCCAUAUGGAGCUACGGACCAUCAGCAUGAAGCAAUGAAACAGAUCGCAGAUGAAGCACGUAAGCGGCGGGAUGACGAAGAAAGAGAGAGGGAAGAAAGCAAGGCCAGAGCGCGUGCAAAAGCAGAUGUAGUGGCGCGCAAGAUAGAAGAAGAGAAACUCGCCAAGGCCAAGCAAGAAGCAGCAGCGGAGGAGGAACGUUUAGCAAAAGAAAAGGCAGAGGAAGAGAUUCGAAAGAAACAGGAGCAAGAAGCAGCUGCUGUUAGCGCUCCCACCACUGAUGCCACCGUCAUCAAGUCAAUAAUACAGACAGACGAACCUGAGCACACCCGUGAGACUGCUGACCCACGAGAUAGGCCACUCAUUAGGACCAUGAAUGAGCGCGAAAAACAGGAAGCACUAGCUGGAUGGCGUGCCUUACCCGACAAACUUGUUAAGGAGGAGAAUGAGAGAAUCGCGAGGAUCCGCGAUGAAAGGCGUGCACUAGCACAGGCGGAAGAAGAGAAAAACCCAGUUUCUACAGUGACUACUCCAUGGAGAAGGUCAGGGAACGUCACGAUGGGUAAGGGUGGGGCUAAAAAGGAUGAUAAGGCUACAUCUCAUCAUACCUCUCAUGAGCCCCAAAUAGAUCAUUUGAAUGAGGUGAUGCAUAAGAUUGAAGAACAGCUACACGAGAAUAAGGAUAAAUCACUCUUGGCUCCAGAGGGUCCUAAGCAGAUGUCUGCUAUUAGUGGUGGUUUAGCUGAGAAGGAGACUGCGCGGUCUAUAUCUAGUAAGACUGCUGGACCAUCUGCACAGGAUACUACCGAAGAAGGUAACGAAAAGACUUCGCUGCCUUCUUUUACAGAGAGGACGACCCUGAAGCGUAACGCCAAGGCUGUUCGUGCAGCAAGAGAUAGCGGCGAAUCUACGUCCUGGCGUAAACCUGAGCCUAAAGUGGAGGUAGCGACAGCGGAUAACAAGUUGGAGCCAACAGUAAAUUCUGUCGAAAGGAAGAAGCUCAGUAAUGCAGUUGAUGUUAGCAAAGACGAGCUUGUACAAGACUCGAAUGCUCAGGCUCCAAAGCUGGAGACAAAACCCAUGAAUGGCAGGAGGAUUUCAAGAUCCAUGGCUGCAGCUAAUGGAAAGGGCAACUAUCCAGCUAAGCUUAAUGGGUUCAAUGAAGCCGUCAAAAUAUCUCAUAUUUCCAAAAUCCAUGCACGACUUGCACUACAGCCUGCGGGCGAUAUGAACAUUGGAAUGCCUAUCGUUGAUCAACAGUCACAACAACAGGAUGAUGAUAAACCCGGUGAGCCAAGCGAAGGCAAGGCAAGCGGGAAAACCGAUCCAUCAAUGAAGAGGGGCUCUUUUUUAAGCUCAAAUGCUUCGACCAUUUUUCCUAGCAUUGUUGAGAAGGCGGCCAAGAACCGUGGGAGUGUGAGCUUCAUGGUUGACAGUGAGAUCGAUAGCGUACCUUCAGAAGGCGUCGGAUUGGAGCAAGUUCUCUCUUCACAGAACACUUUGCCAACGGCAGCGGCGCCCAACAAGGAGACUUCUGCUGAUGAUAAUGCUAAAAAGGCAUGGGAUGCAACUGUUGCAUCAGAUCAGCAACAACAACAGCAGCAAAUUAGCGGAAGCAACCAUUUGACACCCCAGGGUGUCUCCGAUAUGUACAUGGUCAACAUUUCUGGGCCUGGAGGCGUUAAUCCAAUGGUACCACAGCAAUCAUGGAGUCCAUCCAUUGGGAUGGACUUGAGCCAAGCAGGGCCUGCUAUAACACCCAAUGGUGUUGUGAUGAGCGGACCAGCUGGAAAUGCUGCUCAUCCUGGACAGUUUCCGAUGGUGAUGCCAAUGUACUCUCAAGGGUUUCCUAUGAAUGCACCUCAUCUCUAUUACAUGAUUCCAAGAGGGGCUAUGCCUCCUUCUCACCCUAUGCCUCAGUUUCCUGGCGGCUUGUUACCUCCUCAUGGCUCACUGGCAAUGUCUCCGAGGGAUGGUCCUGCUGGGAUAGCACCAAGUCAUGGAUCACCUGAUAUGGCCCUUCAGGUCAUGACAACACAGUCAGUCAUGGUUGAUAAUAAGCCGGAUGGCUCUAUGGGAAAUAACGUUGGUAGCGGUGCUUCAGGUUCAGUGAUUGGCCCCCACCCCCACUGGUUGCCUCGCUUUUCAGCUGCAGGAGAACCGCCAGUCCAGGCAGCGGCAGUAGCUCCUGCUCCAGGAGCAUACCUUGUGCAGUUACCAGGGUCACAGCAUCCCAACAUCAUCCCAACAGCCAAUCGAGUGCCUCAAUCUCGUUCAUAUGGUCCCCAGCAUCACCCUCAUCAUCAACACCAACAUCACCCACAACAGCAACAUAGACAGGCCCAUCAUUCAGGACCAGCGUCUCUGGAAAGCAGUUUCCAAGAUGGAUCACCCCCACCUUCAUCAACCGAAAGAUGGGGAAACAGUAACAACCCGACGAUAGUAUCGGGCAGCGGUUCUGGUUCAAUGACGAGCCCUUUAAUGAGUCAAAACGGCGAAGGAGGGGACCGUAAUCAUGCACAGAGGGACAAUAGCAACGGACCUUCAUCAUCAUUGUCAUGGAGCUCUGGAAAUGGAACCGAGGGUGGGAAUGGCCGGAUGAAUGUCAAUGGCCCACUUGGACCAACAGGGCCAUUUGGGGGCUAUCAGGCAAUGGUGACAUCUUCGAUGAGUAUGCCGUUGUCGCAUGGUCAUGGCCACGGUCCCAGCCAUGGUCACGGAAAUGGUCAUUAUGGUCAUGGAAAUGGUCAUCAUGGACAUGGAAAUGGUCAUCAUGGACAUCUGGGCGGCAAUCAUCGAGGCGGCCGAGGGGGUUUCAAUGGCGGAGGACAGGGCUAUAAAGAGCUUCGUCCGCGAGGUGGAUAUAUGAACCAAAGUCACCAUGGGCAUCAAGGACCGGGAUACAACAUGAAUACAGGACAUCAGCAGCAGCAGAGUGCCAGUACCAAUUCCUCGAGGGCGUUGAACAAAACAACAUAUGAGGAAGCAUAGAUGCUGUUUAGUCCAGGACUUUAUUUCUUUCUUUCUUUUAUUUUUUUUUUUUUUUAGUAUAUG